AUGGUUUGUUUCCGCACUGACAUUGGCGCUACAAAUGGGCACCCCGUUCGCGACGACAAUGAUACUUACGCGAAGCAAUUGGAAACUGAUGUCCUCAUAGUAGGAGCUGGCUUCGGUGGAAUCUACCUCAUGCACAAGCUUCGCCAGCAAGGCUUCAAAUGCAAGAUCUACGAAGCUGGCAAGGAUCUUGGAGGCAUCUGGCAUUGGAACUGCUAUCCUGGUGCUCGUGUCGACUCGCAAGUCCCUGUUUACGAAUACUCGAUACCUGAGGUUUACGAGACCUGGACCUGGAGCGAACGAUAUCCCGGCUGGGCUGAGCUCCGAAGAUACUUCGAUCACGUGGAUAAGCAGCUUCAGAUCAGGAAGGACACAGCUUUUGAGACUCGUGUCACAGGUGCUGAGUUUGACAAGAAGUCUAACAAAUGGAACGUCAAGACCGAGGAUGGUCGCCAAGCAACAGCAAGAUAUUUGCUCCUUGCAACAGGCUUCGCUGCUAAGCGCUACUUUCCCGACUGGAAGGGCCUCAACACAUUCGAAGGCAUCAUUCACCACUCAAGUUUUUGGCCGGAAGAAGGUGUAGACGUCAAGGGAAAGCGCGUUGCUGUCAUCGGCACUGGAUCGACCGGCAUACAGCUCUCUCAAGAGACAUCACGCGAGGGAGCCACCGUUACAGUGUUCCAACGUACGCCCAACCUAUGCUUGCCAAUGGUACAACGGCCGUUGACUCCUGAAGACCAGAUGAAGCGCAAGGGUGAAUAUCCUAGAUUCUUCGAGGAUCGCAUGAAGACCUUCGCAGGGUUCCAGUAUGAUUUUAGUGACAAGAACACCUUUGAUGACACGCCCGAAGAGCGUGAGGCAUUUUUCCAGAAGCUGUGGGACAACGGUGGCUUCGAAUUCUGGCUGGCUACCUAUGCAGACAUGCUGUACGAUGCCAAGGCGAAUGAUGAAGCUUACAACUUCUGGGCUAAGAAGACUCGCGCUCGCAUCACAGACCCCAAGAAGCGUGACAUUCUUGCACCGUUAAAGAAGCGCCAUGCGUUUGGCGUGAAGCGUCCAUCGUUGGAACAGGAUUUCUACGAGCAGAUGGACAAGCCGACCAAUGAGGUUGUGGACGUCAGAGAGACUCCCAUUAAGAGGUUCACGAAGACUGGUAUCGAGACCUACGAUGGCCUACACCGCGAAUUUGAUAUCAUCGCUCUUGCGACUGGCUUUGAUUCUGUCACCGGUGGUAUGAUGACCAUGGGUCUCAAGGAUGUUCAUGGCGUGGACCUGAGUCGACGCUGGGCCAAGGGAACCUACACAUAUCUAGGUAUGACUUGUGCUGGCUUCCCUAACCUCAUGUUCCUGUAUGGAGCACAUGGCCCGACAGCAUUUAGCAACGGACCUAGCUGUGUAGAGGCACAAGGUAACUGGAUCGUCGAUGCUAUCGUGAAGGCGUCCAAAGAAAAUAUCACGUACAUCAAUCCCACGAAGGAUGCCGAGGAGAAGUGGCACAAGAACGUCACACAGAUCAGCAACAAGACUCUUUUCCCGACUGCAGAUAGUUGGUAUAUGGGUGCCAACAUUCCUGGUAAGCCCCGUGAGCAAUUGAAUUACGCUGGCGGGAUUCCGCUGUAUGAGAAAGAGACGCGGGCGGCUCUCGAGAACUGGGAAGGAUUUAUUACGGCGUAG